UUAAAGUUAAAAUCUUUCAUGGAUGAAAAGAUUUAUUUUCUAGUUUAAAGAGGGUCAUAACUAUUCAUACCGCUGGCAGAUUCAGCAUGGAGUGAUUCUGAUUGGAGAAAGAAGUUUGUUUAGAAAUAACUUCUAGAUUUCAUAAAUCUGUUUCUGUCUGAACUCUGACCUCGCUCAGUUUGGCUUUGAAAACUCUCUGGCAGCAGCAGGCUGAGGCAGAGCCUCCCCUGACCUCUGACCUCUGACUGCCGGCCAGCGCAAGCCGCCACGAUCCCGCCAGCGGCGGCACAUGCUGUGGGGUCAAAGGUCAACGCUUCAGCGGCUCGUUAGCUCUGCAGCUGGAGGGAACCAAGGCGGUAGAAUCAGAACUCUGCUUUGCUCCAGAACAUUCUGAGAAAAUAAACUUUGCACAUUGGGUCAAAGGAACCGGACCGGAGUUCUGCAGAACUUUCUGCCUCAUCUGCAUAGCCAGGAGAGAUGAAGGUCCGCUCUGCGGUUCUGAGUAGCUCUGUUUGGACUCGACUCCUUCAGCAGGUCUAGAACCUCCUGACCUGAACAUGAUGUCACAGACUGGUCUGUUUCCAUGACAACAGGGACCAAGACAGAGAUGGGAAGGAGGAGAUCUUUAUUUGACACUACGACAGGAUCCAGCAGAACCAGUCCGGAUCAGAACCUUCUGGUUCUGGAGAAGAUUCAGCAUCUGGAGCGUCUGUGAGGAAGAGGAUGCUGCAGCCGAAGCCCGGAGUUUCUGCUGGGAGCUGAACAAAGAGAGGAGGCAACACGACUCGCGGGGGGCGCGCGCUCACAGGAUGCGCGCGCACUCACGGGGCGCGCUCACAGGAUGCGCGCGCGCUGAAGUGAAUGCAGCGAGGAGGAGGAGGAGGAGGAAGGCUGAAUGCGCCUCUUGACUGCGCGCCGUCCUCGACACAUAAAGACAGGAGAAGAUCCGGAGACUGAGAGUGAAGGCAUGGCCCAGCGUCACAAAGGAUCCGGAGCGGAGCGGAGACCUUGACAGAAAGAGGCUGCAGACUCCAGAGGAAGAGGAGAGGAGGAAGAGCUUGGUUUCCUGAACCUCUGGUCGGUGGGAGGAAGUCCGGCCGGCUCAGUGCUCUGGAUCUCUGAAGGCAGCCAUCUUGUCUCCUCAGGCCAUGGCUCUGGAGGACGGAGUGUGACGCAUCGCUGGGCGUGAAGAGUCCUCAGCAGCAGAAAGCGGGCGGCACCACCGCAGCUACAGCCAGAUGGAGGCUGAGAAACGCCAUCGUACCCGGUCCAAAGGAGUUCGAGCCGCGGUGGAAGCAGUGAGUCAGGAGUUGUUCAGCUGUCCGAUCCCGGGAUGUGACGGCAGUGGCCAUGUCAGCGGGAAGUAUGCCAGACAUCGCAGCGUCUACGGCUGUCCGCUGGCCAAGAAGAGGAGGACUGUGGAAAAACAGACCCCGGAACCGGCAGCGAAGAGGAGGCCCUUCAUCGCUUCCUGCCUGGGAGAGGAGGAGGAAGAGGAGGAGCAGGGGGGUGGAGCCUUCAGCAGCUAUGAAACCAUGGAGGUAGGACAAGAGAGGAAGGAGCAGGGAGAGGAAGACGAGGAGGAAGAGUUCUCUGAGGACAACGAGGAGCAUGGAGAGGAAGAAGAGGAGAGGAUUGCUUUGGAGAGUUUGGACACGAGAGGAAGAGGAGAGGAAGCAGAGGAAGAGGAGGGGCUGGACGAGGACGACGAUGAUGGUGACGAUGAGGAAGAGCUGGAGGAUGAGGUAGAGGAAGAAGAGGACGAGGAAGGGGAGCAGACUCUGCUUCAGGAGAACCAGUACAAACCCAGCGGACAAUCAAAGCUCCACUCCGUCCACAAGGACAACAACAACAACAGCUGCGCCAUCGGAAACGCCCCCAGAGAAGAGUACGAGAACUACGACGAGCUUGUGGCCAAGUCGCUGCUCAACCUCGGUAAGAUCGCAGAAGACGCCGCCUACCAGGCCGUGACUGAGUCCGAGAUGAACAGCAACUCGUCCAACAGCGCCGGGGAGGAAGACGAUGACGAUGAUGACGGCAGCGAGCCGGACGACAGGCAGGGCGACCUGAGCGUGGACCUGGACAGCGAUGUGGUCAGAGAGACUGUGGACUCUCUGAAGCUCCUGGCUCAGGGUCACGGCGCCAUGCUGCCUGAAGACGGAUACCCAGAGAGCGCUGUGGGGAAUGAUGGGCGGGGCCCGGGGGUCAGGGGUCAAACGGAGGGGGCAGGGGACCAGGUAUGUCUCAGCAGUCUGGAGUGUCUGAGGAACCAGUGCUUUGAUCUGGCCCGAAAACUGAGCGAGACGCCGCCGUCGGACCGAGCCGUCCUGCACAGUAACUACGUUCAACAAGCAGUGGACCAGCAGGUGCUGCAACACCUGAACAGGUACGACAGCUAUCCAACAGGAGUUCAGGAAGACGCCAGGCCACUGGAGCGGAGCUACUCUGAGAUGUUGAACCUGAUGAAGCUGGAGGAGCAACUGAGUCCAGCAUCCAGAGGCUACAGCUGCAGCCAGGAGGGCGACGAGGACACCACCUCUGUAGCCUCAGACCGCUCCGACGACACGUUCGACAUGGCCAAGGGAAACCUGUCGCUGCUGGAGAAGGCCAUCGCCCUGGAGUCCGAGAGGGCAAAGGUGAUGAGGGACCGGAUGGUGACUGAACACGCCACGGCCCGCCGGGACCAGCACAGCCCCAGGCUGAGCAUCGCCGCUGAGGAACGCAAGUCCAGGAUGCAUCCGGACGGGCUGAAGAGGGCGUACUACCCUAAAGAUUCUUCCAGAGGAGAGAAGAAGGAGAGCAAGUGUCCGACGCCGGGCUGCGACGGCACGGGUCAUGUGACGGGUCUGUACCCGCACCACCGCAGCCUGUCCGGGUGCCCUCACAAAGACCGGGUCCCGCCUGAAAUCCUUGCCAUGUAUGAAAAUGUGUUAAAGUGUCCGACUCCUGGCUGCUCUGGACGGGGGCAUGUCAAUAGCAACAGGAACUCCCACCGCAGUCUGUCCGGCUGUCCCAUCGCUGCCGCAGAGAAGAUGGCCAAGGUCCACGAGAAAACCUUCGCCGCCGACGCCGGCGCCAAGACCAAUCAGACGUCAGACAGAGUCCUCAGGCCGAUGUGUUUCGUCAAGCAGCUGGAGAUUCCUCAGUACGGCUUCAAGAACAACGUUCCCACCAGCACGCCGCGCUCCAACCUCACCAAGGAGCUGGAGAAAUACUCCAAGACCAGCUACGACUACGCCGGCUACGACGGCCAGCAGCCCGGCUACGGCAAGAGAGGCCCCGCCUCCAGGGCCCUGCAGGGGCGGGACCUCUCCCCGAAGGGAUACGACGCGAAGCGGUACUGCAAGACCUCGAGCCCGGCCAGCAGCACCACAAGCUACGCCCCCAGCAGCAGCAGCAGCCUGAGUGGCGGCGGCGGCGGCGGGGGGGGCAGCAGCGCCAGCAGCACCUGCAGCAAGAGCAGCUUUGAUUACACCCACGACAUGGAGGCUGCCCAUAUGGCUGCCACCGCCAUCCUCAACCUGUCCACCCGCUGCCGGGAGCUGCCCAACGCCCUGGGUUCGAAGCCCCAUGAGCUGCUGGCCCAGAGCCCAGAGGCAGAGGACGACGGGCCGGCGGAGCCGUCCGGUGCGCCCGGCGGGCCGGAGGGCAGCGGCGCGGUGCUGACCCCGCUGCAGCCCAUGUCGCCGCAGCGCCAGGCUCUGCUCAGCAGCCGAUGCUUCCAGCUGGACGCAGAGUGCUGGGAGCUGCCCGUGGAUUUCACCAAGCGGCCCGGAGACGAGCCGGAGCUCAGAGAGCAGAAGGACGAUCUGGACCCGUUCCAGGAGCUGCUGGACGAGCCGCGGUUCCCGGCCGAGGUGACGGCGCCCAGCCCCAAGCACCACAAGUUCCCACCAUGCAAGGAGGGCAAGAAGGAGCUGAUGAGCUGCCAGAUCGCCGAUAAGAACAUUCGUGGUUUGAUGUCGUCCAACUCGCAGGAAUUGAAGUGUCCCACGCCGGGCUGUGACGGAUCGGGACACAUCACAGGGAAUUAUGCCUCCCACAGGAGUCUCUCCGGCUGUCCUCGAGCCAAGAAGAGCGGCGUUAAAAUCCUCCACAGCAAAGAGGAGAAGGACGAGCAGGAGCCCAUCAAGUGUCCGGUCCCUGGCUGCGACGGACAGGGUCAUGUGACGGGGAAGUACGCCUCCCACCGCAGUGCGUCAGGCUGCCCCCUGGCGGCCAAGAGGCAGAAAGACAGCUACAUGAACGGCUCGCAGUUCGUCUGGAAGGCCGGGAAGACGGACGGGAUGACGUGUCCGACGCCAGGCUGCGACGGCUCCGGACACGUCAGCGGCAGCUUCCUGACCCACCGCAGUCUCUCCGGUUGUCCCCGCACCUCCACGGCCAUGAAGAAAGCCCGGAUGAGCAGCGCGGACCUGCUGACAAUCAAACAAAGAGCGAGCAAAGGAAUAGAAAACGAUGAAGAAAUUAAACAGCUGGAUGAAGAAAUCAAAGAUCUGAAUGAGUCCAACAAUCAAGUGGAGUCGGAUAUGAUCAAACUGAGGACUCAGAUCACCACCAUGGAGACCAGCCUGAAGUCCAUGGAGGAGGAGAACCGGGUCAUGGAGCAGCACAACGACUCGCUGCUGCACGAACUGGCCACCCUGAGCCAGUCGCUCAUCAACAGCCUGGCCAGCAUCCAGCUGCCCCACAUGGAACCGAUGAACGAACAGAACUUUGACUCGUAUGUCAGCACUCUGACUGACAUGUACACCCACCAGGACCGGUACCAGAGCCCGGAGAACAAGGCGCUGCUGGAGAACAUCCGCCAGGCCGUCCAGGGCAUCCAGGUCUGACCGGAACGGGAAGCCGGUUCCGGAGGAUCCGGGCCCGGGUCCGCUCCUGUUUCUGUCCUCAUCAGUGUCUGGUUCUGUUCUCUUGGUUGGUGUUGCUUUGCUUUGGACUCAGACGUGUCUCGGUCCAACCCGGUCCGAUGUGGCGUCCCACUCAUGGCUGCUCAUCCUUCUUUAACGUUGUUUACACCAGGACAAACUGGGCUGUACUGGUCAGACUGGGAGCCUGAACGUCUGGCUUCAGACUCUGAAUCCUUCUGAGCUUCUGCUGCAGAUCCCAUCAUCCCAUCGGGCCUCCUCCUUUCAGGCUUUUAUUUUGAAAUGCAAACGGCUGCAGGAAAUGUAGGAGACAAUCCGCCACCUGACUGGACAGUGGAGACCAGUGGAGACCAGUGGAGACCAGUGGGAGGAACUGAGUGGGAAUAUGCAAUUUCUUAUGAACCACGGAGCAACGAGCUGAAAGCUGUUUUUACUGACGAUCGAUGUUUGUAUGAAUCUUUUCCUACUUGGUGUUUUAGCCGCCUCUGUUCCAUGUUUAGAUGUUUUAUUCUGAGCUUCUCUGGAUCUACAGGGUCAAAAGUCCUCCAGAACCGGUCCAAUGGAGGCUUUGGGUCAGAACCGAUGGGACAUUUCCUCAUCACACCUCAUCAUGCAUGCACUUUAUGGAAGCACGUUCCUGUAUCGCCGCGCCGCCGGUCCAGUUCACCCUGAAAGGAAAACUCCGCCUCUCGCCUCCAUUUAUGGUCGGCCUCCAGGCGAACCCUGACCUCCAGGGUCGCUGGCUGAGGUUCUGCUGCUCAGCCCGGCCGGGUCCAGGAGGACCCGAUGGCUCUGCCUGAUGGGAGCCGUUUGAAACGUCACAAACUGACAGCAACAAGUUCAGAUUGUCCGUUUCUACAGGGAAGGAAUGAGCUUCAGUUUCAAAGUCACAUUUUCACCCACAUUCAGAAACGUCCAAUAAAAACUUGCUAAAUAUUUAGCUGGAAAUGUGCUUGCUAACUAAAUGUUUAGCUUCAAGCUAUUUAUUUAGCUCACUAACUAAAUACCUCGUUAAUUAUUGAGUGUGAAGCUAAAUGUUUGGUUUGAAACUGUGAUGUUUAGAAAUAGAGAAUAACUCGGUGAAAAUAUAACUUUGAAAGAUAAAAACAACUUUUUCUGACUAAAUAAUCCAAAUUACCAAACGGCUGCCAUGUUCACGCCUUUUCUGGAAGAGAACCCAGAAUCCGAUCUCAGCUCGGUUCUAGACGAUCCGCUCGGUUUCAUGAGAACAACAAUAAUCCAUGUUUGGGAUUUUUUGGAUGCGUUUCCAGGAUUAAACGUUUCCAUCUGAAGGAUUAUUAUUCCCGUCUCUGCCUAAAAAUGGGAAGCGGUGUCAUUCCCGGUAAGCCCGGGGUCGGAUCCUCACCCUCCGGCUGCAGGAGGAGUUUUCCUGAAGGAAACGGAUCUGCGGCUUCCUGCUUUGGUUUUCCUGCAGAACGGAGUUAAAGCACAAUUUAAAGAUGUGAACACGCCUGAAUGAAGAACCUCACUGAAAUGAUCUUUUUAUAUCUUUGAUUUCAUGUCAGACUUCCAGAAGCUUUUUUCCUACCAGACAGCAUGACUCCCUGCUGACCCCUUCAGGGUCACCAGGUUCCAUUUCUGUUGAAUUGUGGAGUUUGUACAGUUUCUAUCAUGUUGGUGUUGCCAUCUGUUGCUCUGAAUAAAUCUUGUGUUGCAACACCUGCAAAGAGCCUUUGUUGACCUUCCUGAACAGCUGCAGGUUCUCCUUCCACAUGACUUUACUGCAAGUGAAUCAUCACGAGUUUGUUGUGUGGACUGUAAGUCAAAGUUGGUCAUUUUAUUAGGUACGCCUUGCUGGUACCGGGUUGGACCCGUUUACCUCCAGAACCACUUUGUUUUUACACCUCGUGUCUGAAACGUUCCUGAGACGUUUGGAGCCUCACAGCAUCAGAUAAUAACAACAGUCUUCAGUCAGAGGGGUUUUCAAAGUCACUGAAAUACUGACCUCUACAGGAGAUCAGUAAUCUGAGUAAUGUCAGAUAAAACAUCUAAUUUCCCUCUGGGAUUAAUAAGAUUUUUAAUUGAAUUGUUAAAGAAGAUUGAAUCAAUGUUUUUCAUCAAAAUGUUAGUUUGAUGCUGUUCACACUGAUGCUAUCAAACUAUUUUAUUAUUUACAUUGGAAAUUAGCUUGAACAUAAUUCCUCACAAUCUAGAUCUCAAUGUAAUCUUUUUUAAAUGAUUUUUAUGCAGAUGAUUUAGUAAUUUACUGCUGUUCUCCAUCACUAUCAGGCCAUACAGGAUUUGCAGUCUGCUGUCAAUGAGGCUCAAACACUCUUACAAACUCUGAAGUUUGUUUUGAAUCUGGAUCAGACAAAAUCAAAGGUUUUUUUCAGACUCUAGAAAAUUACCAGAAAUCCCUCUAAUGCUGACCACUGCUGCUGGAGCACAAACUGUAAUUAUAAAUAUGUUGAUUUUAUUCUAGAUAAAGAGCUUUCUUUUAAAAUCACAGUAAAUUUGUUACAAACAUUGAAAAUGAAGUUUAGGUUUUAUUAUUGAAAUGGAUCCUGUUUCUCUAUCAAAGCUAGAAGUAAAUUAGUAGCAGCAACUUUCCUGCCACUCCUGGAUUAUGGAAAUGUUUUAUAUAUGAAUCCUUCGACCAAAUGCCUUCAGUCACUGAACAUUGUGUAUCAUCGUGCUUUAAGGUUUCUAACUGGUAGCAGACGUUUAGUGCAUCUCUGUGAUUUGGAUGUAAAAGCUGAACGGAGAAACAAUCAAUAUGAUCCUGAUCUAUAAAUCUCUACUCUGCUUGGCUCCAGCAAACUUUCGCUCUCUCUUCCAUAGAUCUGUUGUUCUUUACACCCUAAUAACAUUUUUCUUUUGCAUGUUCCACGUGUUUGAACUGAAAAGGCGAAACAAGCAUUCAGUGUGAAGCUGCUUCAGUAAUCAGCUCCAGUCUGAACUCAACAUGUCAGAACUGAUUUCAUUGGAUUUAUUUCUUCUUAAAAACAGGCAACAAGAUUUUAUUAACCAGCGUCACUGCUUUUAAAUGGUUUUUAUUGUUUUACUCUUGUGUAUAUGAAUUAAUGAGUUUUAUUUUGUAAGCAGGUUGCUGUGUAUUGCAGACUUUCUGCCCAGGUCCCUGUUGAAAAUGAGAUCCAGAUCCCAACGGGGUUUACCGAAUAAAUAAAGGAAAUAAAUAAAUAAAUAUUUUAAAUCUCAACAUUUGGGAUUUUAACAAGGAUGUGUUUAAUUUUGAGAGCUAAUGUACAUUAUUGUAUCACACAAUGUAAUUUACCUAACGUGUAUUAUUUAAUCCUUUAAAGAAUUAAAAAAUAUG